GAACUCAAUGGCCCAUCCUCGGACUUCCCUCCUCCCCCCCUCGUCUCGAUCCUCCAUCCUCGGAUUUCCCUCCCGCCUCCCGCUUCUCCGAAGCGAGACAGGGGGGGGGCGAAGGAGAGCUGGGAGCGCAGCGCCCUCUACGCGCAAAAUCCGGACUUCCUGGAGGGAGCCCGCCACCUGGUCGACUUCGUCGCGGAGACGCCCGAGAUCGUGCCAGGGUUGCAGGGCAUACUGCCCUCAGGACUGCGACGCGGAGCUGUUCCUGGUGCUGCCGCGGCUCGUGUGCCUGAGCCUGCUCUCCGACCCCGCCGGGCCCGUCGCCCCGCUCCUGCGGCGGCUCCUGCCCAGCCGCUUCGCGGCCCCAGGCGCGCGCACCGACGGCCCGGGGCGGGCCCCCAGCGGCACCCUGAGCGGCCCGGUGCUCGAGACCUCCUCUGCGCUCAACACCGUGCUCCAGCUGCUGGUCGCGGGCGUCCAGCAGGGCGGCGGCGAGGGAGCAGAGGCCGCCGCUUGGAGCGACGCCUGGGAGGUGCUGGUGCGCAGGGCCGUGGCGGGCGCGGGCGCGGAGGAGGCGGCGCCCGGCCUGUACGCGAAGGUGCAGCCCGGCUGGCGGAGGACGGUGGCGGCCGCCGUGGAGGGCCUGAUGCACGACGUCGAAGGCUGGAGCAUGGAGCUGCAGCGCCACAACCCGGAGGCCUGGAACGAUCUUUCGGACCUGCUCGUGCAGUGCAUGGUCUGGAAAACGGGCAAGGUGGAGGAGCAGCGCGCCGAGACGCUCGUCAUCUGAGCGGCGGGGCCGUUUGGUGGGCCGCCUCCCGCCGGGCUUUGUCGGAGCGCCUCCCCGAGGCUUAUGCUGUUCCAGAUGUGGUCCUCAAGUGCGACGGGAGCAACAUAACCCGAGGCCCGGCGCCGCCGCCCGCGCCUCCGCGGCUGCGGCGCUCGCUCGCUCUCUCUCUCUCUCUCUCUCGGGCCGCUGGCGGGCACUGGUACAGUCUGGGGGUGCCGGGCCCCGAGGGGGGGUGUCCAUCCGCGCGCGGCAUCUCAGUCGGCAGCAGUGCGGGCACUUUGGAGGCAAGCAUCGUCUUGCCACCCUUCUGGCGGAGCGCUGAAGUCCGCACGCCGUGUCUACAGAUGGGCACGCGCCACGGUGCAGCGUCACAGCCCAGGUUUUCUUUGCACUUUUGCCGGGGAAGCAGCAAGACUUCCUUGGAGGGCAACCAACUGUCCCUUCUGCUCGUCCUGCUUCUGCCCCCAGCACGCGGGCUCCGGCUCAAAAGGGCUGUUGCCGGCAGUGCUUCGCGUUUUGAAAUUGUUAUUUUCUUCAGCUCUCUCUCUCCCUCUCUCUCUCGGGCGAUCUUGGACGCCUUUUGGUUUCGCACUACUCCUUCUCUCCUCUUACGCCCGUGGCCUCCAUCCACAGCCGAGCGACUUUCGACUCCAAUUCGCAGCGCGCAGGGCCCCAGUCUCGUUCUGACCACAGUUUCAUAGCGAGGCGUGAGCCGAUUAUACGUAUCAAGUUGCACGGUAUCCCGCUCGUGUGAGCGGAGGCGACCGCUCUGAGAGCUGCUGUGCGAGCUCCCCGAGUGGGCCCGUCGCGAGGGGGACGUCCAGACAGGGCGCCCUUGCGCGUUCGUGUACCUGUUUUCGACCCCCAGGGCGCCUCGUGUCCUCAGCAGGACGCGGGGGGCUUGCGUCCAUGCGUCGAGGGAGGGAAAGGUACCGAUACCGCUACCAUUAACACUAUCAGUUUUUUUUGGCUCCCCCGAGGGAGGAGGCAGAGGAUCCCGUGUGCGCGCCGCCAAGCGGCGAGGGAGCUCGCCAGGAAGCCGGGGGUGCUGGAGGUGCCCCUGGGGCGUGGGUGCGAUCGUCGGACGGGGCUGUGGGACGAGGAGAGAUCCGCUCCAGAGCUUUCCGGAGCGCACUCAGGCCGUUCCGGAACGCGUGG